AUGCCACCGUUGCUGCAGCUGCAGCAGCAGGAGCUGCCUCACAUUCACAGGGUACCCAGAAUACAACAUCCGCAGCAGCAGCAGCAGCAGCAGCCACAGCAACAGCAGCAGCAGCAGCUGCUGCUGCUGCAGCAGCAGCGCCAGCAGAGUGAAGGGGAGGUUGCUUCAACACCUCGUGCGCAGCAGCAGCAGCAGCAGCAGCAGAAUCAGACACCUCUCCCUGGCCACAGAAGGCGCAGGCAGCAUCAGUCUGCUGCUGCUGCUCCUGCUGCUGCUACACUGCAGCAGCAGCAGCUGCUGCACCAGCAGCAGCAGCAGCAGCAGCAGCAGCAGGUCAGUAUAGUUAAUGAGGAUGGCAGGGGUUUAAAUGCUGCGGAAGCUCCGGGUGUACCUCCAGCUGCAGCAGCAGAAGUAGCAGCAGCAGCAGCAACACCAGCAGAGCCAGCAACGCCAGCAGCAGCAGCAGCAGCAGCAGCAGCAGCAACACCAGCAGAGUCAGAAACGCCAACAGCAGCAGCAGAAGCAGCUCAACCCGUUUCUGCUGCUGCUGUUGCUGCUUCACGCAGCAGCUGCCAGCAGCAGCAAAACAGCAGACGAAGGGCCCCGACUUCGACGGCGCCGGAGCCCGCGCUGUCUGCAGCAGCAGCUGCUGCUGCUGCUGCUGCAGCGGGUGCAGCAGAAGCAGAUGCAGCAGAAGCGGAUGAGGCAGAAGAUGCUGCUGUUGCUGCAGCAACAGCAGCAACAGCAACAACAGCAGCAGCAACAGCAGCAGCAUCCGGGCCCCAUAACAGUGCUGCACUUUCCUCCUUCCCUUCAGAAGAGGAGCGUCGGGGCAGCAGCAGCAGCAGCAGCGAUGAAGGAGAUUCUAGCAGAAGCAGCAGCAGAAGCAGCAGCAGAAGCAGCAACAGCAGCUACUUACCUGAUGUCUGGCUGCAGAACCGCGUCAGUAGGUGGGGCGGCAGCAGCAGCAGCAGCAGCAGCACCAGCAGCAGCUUAGUAGGGGCCCUUGUGAGGCUGCUAGGUGAAGAUGCAGGAGAAGACAGAAGCAGCAGGAGCAAAGCUCUAUCUGCUGAUAGUGAAGCUGAGUUGUUGCUGCUGCAGCAGCAGCAGCCGCUGAGGCAAUGCCCGUCGGGGGCCGUUACGCUGCAGCAGCAGCAACAGCAGCAGCAGCAGCAGCGGGAGAACCGCCCGACAGGCAGGCGCUUCUUCUAUGGGCUGCUGCUGCUGCUGCUGCUGCUGCUGGCAGCAGCUCUGCUGCUUGGCUCUCUGCUGCACAGCAGCAAGCUGGUGCGGCUGAGGCCUCGAGAGUUGCUGCGGCUGCAGCUGUCUACCUUCCGACAGCUGCAGCAGCAGCUGCUGCAGCAGCAGCAGCAGCAGCAGCAACAUCAUCACCAUCCCCUUCCACUCUGCUGGCAUCACCCGCAGCAGCUUCUCGAGCUGCAGCAGCAACUGCUGCUGCUGCAGCCGUCUCAGGAAGCAGCAGCAGCAUUUGCUGAAGCAGCAGCAGCAGCAACAGCAGGUGUUGAUGCUGCUCAGUCUGCUGCGCUGUCGUCAGAAGCAGCCAUGGCGUUGCUGCAGUCGCUGCAGCAGCAGCAGCAGCAGCAGCACGAGGACACAGGCUCAUGGUGCAGCGAUGAUGAGGGCUGCAGCAGCAGCAGCAUCAGCAGCAGCAGCAGCAUCAGCACUGCAGCAACAGCACCUGAUAGUGCUGCUGCUGCUGCAGCACGAGAUUAUGUUACGAGUGUAUUUCAUUCUGCUAAUCUGUGGCUGCCUGGGAGCAGCAGCAGCAACAUCAGCAGCAGCAGCAUUGACAGCAGCAGCAGCAGAAGCAGCCGCACCAGCAGCACCGCCGAUAGCCGCAGCAACAGCAUUUUGUCUCCCUUCGCUUCCUUCUCUCCAAACAGCAGCAGCAGCAGCAGCAGCAACAGCAGCAGCAGCAGCAGCAGCAGCAGUUCGUGUUCCCUGCCCCCCUUCCCCAGGGGCGUUUGGUUCUUCGCUCGUGCUGCAGCAGCAAAACGCCUCAAAUCGUUUAUUCCUGCUGCUGCUGCUGCUGCUGCUGGUGCUGCUUCAGGAGAUCGCUUACUUGUGUGUGCAGAGGAAGACUUUGGUCUUCUUGCUGCUGCUGCUGCUGCGCAUGCAGCAGCAGCAGCAGCUGCUGCUGGCAGCUGGCUUACUGCAGCACUACGACGACUUAAAGCAGCAGCAUUUGCUGCUGCUAAUACCACCAUCACAGCAGCAGCAACCCUACGGAAGCAGCAACGAGCUGCUGCUGCUGCUGCUCAAGAAGCAGCAGCAAAACUCUUCGGCCUCCCACCGCCUCCCCAAGAAGCAGCAGAAGCAGCAGCAGCAGCAGCAGCAACAACAGCAGCAGCAGAAUCGCCAUCCGCUUGUGCUUUCCCUCCAGGUGAUUGCGUACAGUGCAGCUGCCGAAGGCUGUCGGAGGAGCAGCAGUUGCUGCAGCUGCAGCUGCAGCUGCAGCUGCAGCAGCAGCAGCAGCAGCAACAGCAGGAGCAGCAGCAGCAGCAGGAGGCAGUAUGUGCUCCUGUGCCUUAUGCUGCGGACAGCCCAAAGGCAGCUUGCUGCGCAAUGGCGUUGGAGUUGCUGCUGGUGCAGCUGCUUGAGCAGCAGCAGCAGCAUCUGCAGCAGCAUCAUCAUCAUCAGCAGCAGCAGCAGCAGCAGCAGCAGGUGGGGGCACCCAGGGGACGAACGAUUGUCUAUGCUUCUGCUUUACGAGCAGCAACUGGCGGCUUGCUGCCUUCUGCAUAUUUUGCUUCAUUAGACGACUCAAAAACCGCAGCAACAGCAGCAGCAGCAGCAGCACCCUCAUCAACAGCAGCAGCAGCAGCAGCAGCAGCAGCAGCAGCAGCAGCAGCAGCAGGAGCAGCAGGAGAGGAGGGUUUAGUGUCUGCUUCUCUACCUUUUCUGUCUCUUUCUUUUGCUUUUGAAGAUAUAAACACGCCUUGCUUCCCCCUAUCGCAUUAUUUACACCGAAGAUUAUUCAGCUGGGGGGGGCUGCAGCUGCCGCUGCUGCUGCUAGGCGGCUGGACACUGUCGCUGUUUUCUGCUGCACCUGUUACGCUUGUACACCUUCCUCGUGCUGCGCUGCUGCUGCUGCUUAUUCUUUAUCGCGGUGUUUGUCUAUACUGGGGCCUCAACUGGAUUGGAAGCAAAAUAGGAGCUUGGCUAGACCAGCAGCAGCAGCAGCAGCAGCAGCAGCAGCAGCAGCAGCAGCAGCAGCAACAGCAGCAGGAAGAAAGAUUCAGCUGGAUCGGUGUCCUACGCAGCAGCGGCAGCAGCGGCAGCAGCAGCAGCAGCAGCAGCAGUGAGCACAUGCAGCUGCAGCUGCAGCAGCAGCAGCAACAGCAACAAACCAGCCCCCGCGCACCCCCGUAG